GUGAGGGGCUUGGCUGAGGGAAGGAGCCAGUGUGGAGUCACCGCGGGACGCUUGAGUUUUUGAACAGAACGACAGGACGAGGUCUACCGUAACGCCCUGUUCAUCCCUGGCCAUGGAGGUGAAGAGAAAGAAGAUAAUAGACGGUGUCUUGUUUGUAGAAAACGAGGACUGUAAACUUCAGGAGAAGAUGGACUUUGAGAUGCGAAUGAGAGCAGGGGCAUAUAAGCUUCUGGUGGCCAGCACCAAGAGAGAACAGAUCCUUGAUGCAGCCAAGAGCCUGUUGACCUGCAACACACGAAUCAAAGCUUACAUGACCGAGGCACAGAGGCGGAAUGAGCUGCAGGAUGUGGCUGAAAGUCUUAAGAGGGCUUCUUCAGAUUCGCAGAAUAGAAAGCCUUGUAAGGGCAAAGUAGCAAUAACUGGUCUGCGGAUCCCACUAUUUUGGAAGGAUUCUGAACACUUUAACACCAAAGGGAACUCUCAGAGGUUUGCAGUAUUCUGUCUAAUGAAGAUUGGCUCUGAGAUAUUUGACACAGAAAUGGUGAUUGUAGAUCGAACAGUGACUGAUAUCUGCUUUGAGGGUGCAACCAUUUUUUCUGAGGCUCAGUCGGACUUUGAACUGGCUGUUGAGUUAUACAGCUGUGCAGUGGAAGAAGAGGGAACUUUGGUCAACACACCAAAAAAACUGGCCAGGAAGCUGCGGUCCUCUUUUGGGAAAGGCUCUGGAAGGAAGCUCUGCCCCCUUCUGGAUGGAGGAGAUCCUGAUGCUUUUCUGCAGUCCAACCCAAUACCACCUGGAGCAAAAUACUCACUUCUGGCAUACACGACUCUGGGAUUGGAGCAGACUGGGAGCUCAUUCCAGUCGCACUCACUUGUAGUUUUACAGAACGUGGAAGCAUCAUCAUGGCUGCCUCUCUAUGGGAACUUGUGCUGUCAGCUAGUCGCACAGCCUGACUGCAUGACACAGGAUGUGAUGCGGGGUUAUCUUAGUCAGCAGCAAAUUAUUGAGGGUUUGCAGCACUGCUGUAGGCUGUACUGUGUGCUGAAAGCCAGUCUGCUCUCCUGUUACUUCACUCCUGAAGAGAUUCAAGCCAAGAUGGAGCCUAGUGUAAUAAUCCCCAUAAACAAGGACACCCGUCUUCGUGUAGUGGAAGGCAACCAGAAAGGUGGGGCGAGGCUGAGCAUCAUUAAUCCAGGGACAGGAGACCCUGCUAGCCAUGUAUUCAUAGCAGAGAUACCUGACCGACUGCAGGAUUGGUUCGGUGCUCUGUUGCAACACAUCUAUGAUCAGAGUAAGUGGCAGCACGCCUGUGAUAAGCUGAUGGAAAUUGAAGUUCUGUCCCCACGGAAACCCCCACUCUUUCUUACAAAGCAAGCAGACUCUGUCUAUAAUGAUCUCAGUAUUGGUUCACCAGGCAAAUUCGAGAGUUUGACAGACAUGAUUCAUAAUAAAAUUGAAGAAACGAAUGGACGCUUUCUUAUUGGUCAGGAGGAAGAAAGGGAGUCCCCUCAUUGGACAGCGCUGUUCGAGGGCUCCCGGCCAAUGUUGGUGCAGAAGACUGUGCUGUCACCAGGUAAAGACAGCACCCAGUUCAUCUCUGGUCCAGGCUUAAAUGGCAACAAGAAGAGAAGAGCACCACCACCACCCCCUGAUAAACUACCAUUUGUCCAGCCCACUGUCUACUCAUGUCCUCCAUCUGAACAGGAGAAGGAGAACUCCAACAAGGGGAUCAGGUCUCGUACUGGGAGACCAUCACUGGAUGCUAAAUUCUCAGCCAUCAUUCAACAAUUACAGAAGAGCCAUGGACCCUCCCGCAAAAAUCCACCUUUAGCCCAAGGGUCUCAUAACCUUUACAUUCCAGUCAAGACGGAUACAGAGCUCAAUUUGCCCGAACAUGCAGAAAAGGCAAGCACGCAGGCCCCUCAACCACCUUUGCCUGCCCCAAGAAAUAAACUGGGGAAGUCCUUUAGAGAGAAGAUGAAUCCCAAAGCUUGGUGAACUACUAUAGUUACUUUGUAUCUUAACACUUCAAACAACUAUUUGGAUAAAGCUGCUUUGCUUUUUUUUUUUUUAAGUAACUCAUUUCAACACCACAAUUGAUAAACAUGUUGGACUUUUUCUUUUGACUAUAGGACUGAAGAGCAGAACUAAUAAAUACGCAUGCCUUUUAAACCUAGCAUACUGAAAAUUAGAGACUUGUGAUUUAUAGUGUGCAAUUUUGAUUUGAUUAAAAAAAAAUGACUUUGCACAUUAGGGGACUGCAAUGGGCAUUAAGUCUUGUCUUCAUGUUUGUUUACAGCAUGUAUACAUGCAGCCUGUGUGGGUUAGCUGUGUAUAAGUCUUACUCUUUUUAGUAGUAAUGGGGGUAAUAACUUCUAGCUACAACCAUGUAGAGACAAGUUUUAAACUACUUUUUGUACAAGACUAUUCAGUCGUGGCUUUUUAUUUUAUUCCAUGUAAGUAUAAAUGUAUCAUCUGUAACUUCUGAAGUGUCUUGUUUUUUGUCUGUUUCUGGAAAUUGUACUUGUUGCAACAGUUAUAGAAUGUGUGAAUGCUAUUGUGACUACAUUAAAUACUGCAGUGCCUGUUGAACUGCAUUUGAAUGAAUGUUCCUAGGACUUUAUGAAUCCUUUUGGUAAGGGUGAAUCUGAAUAUUCAAAUGUAAAAUUGACAGGUGUAGAAUGUUAUCUAGUAAUGAGACCUGUUUGAACGAACAUGAACUGGAACAUUUAUAUAAUUAAAAAAAAAAGCCCAAACGUUGAACUUCCUUCACAGGUUAAAAUGUUCAUAGUCCUUUUGCAAAUGAUGUGAAUUCAUGUAACUCACUAAUUUCAGUGGUGUAUACAGGAGUUAUUGUACAAUACUUGCAGUAUCCUUCUCUUAACUGUAACGAAUUAAAGCGAAGCAUAUCAA